GAACCAAAUUUCUGAGCCUGUCACCUGCAUUCCAGGAGCCGAACCAGCAAUGUCAUCCUCAGGCAUGCCAGACAUACCAGCCCCACUCACCAAUUUGAAGAUACAAUAUACUCAGAUCUUCAUAAACAAUGAAUGGCAUAAUUCAGUGAGUGGCAAAAAAUUUCCUGUCUUUAAUCCUGCAACUGAAGAGAAACUCUGCCAAGUAGAAGAAGGAGAUAAGGAGGAUGUUGACAAAGCAGUGAAGGCUGCAAGACAAGCUUUUCAAAUUGGUUCUCCAUGGCGUACUAUGGAUGCUUCCGAGAGGGGGCGGUUACUGUACAAGUUGGCUGAUUUAAUUGAAAGAGAUCGUCUGCUGCUGGCCACAAUGGAGUCAAUGAAUGGUGGAAAAUUAUUCUCCAAUGCAUAUCUGAUGGAUUUAGGAGGAUGCAUAAAAACAUUACGCUACUGUGCAGGCUGGGCUGACAAGAUCCAUGGCCGCACAAUACCAGCAGGGUUUCCUCCUGGAGUAGUGAAUGUUGUCCCUGGUUAUGGGCCCACUGCAGGGGCAGCCAUUUCUUAUCACAUGGAUAUAGACAAAGUGGCCUUCACAGGAUCAACAGAGGUUGGCAAAAUGAUCAAAGAAGCUGCCGGGAAAAGCAAUCUGAAGAGGGUGACCCUGGAGCUGGGGGGAAAGAGCCCGUGCAUUGUGUUUGCUGAUGCCGACUUGGACGUUGCUGUUGAAAUUGCACACCAAGGGUUAUUCUACCACCAGGGCCAAUGUUGUAUAGCAGCAUCCAGGCUUUUUGUGGAAGAAUCAAUUUACGAUGAGUUUGUUCGAAGGAGUGUUGAGCGGGCUAAGAAGUAUGUUCUUGGAAACCCUUUAACCCCUGGAGUAAAUCAAGGCCCUCAGAUUGACAAGGAACAAUAUGAGAAAAUACUUGACCUCAUUGAGAGUGGAAAGAAAGAAGGAGCCAAACUGGAAUGUGGUGGAGGCUCUUGGGGGAAUAAAGGCUACUUUAUCCAGCCCACGGUUUUCUCUAAUGUCACAGACGGGAUGCGCAUUGCCAAAGAGGAGAUAUUUGGUCCAGUGCAGCAAAUCAUGAAGUUUAAAUCUUUAGAUGAUGUGAUCAAGAGAGCAAACAAUACUCACUAUGGCUUAGCAGCAGGAAUCUUCACGCAAGACCUUGAUAAAGCCAUGACAGUCUCCUCUGCUCUGCAGGCAGGGACAGUGUGGGUGAAUUGCUAUAGUGUGAUAUCUGCCCAGAAUUCCUUUGGUGGAUUCAAAAUGUCUGGAAAUGGACGAGAAUUGGGAGAAUAUGGUUUCCAUGAAUACACAGAGCUCAAGACAGUCACGAUGAAAAUCUCUCAGAAGAACUCAUAAGGAAACUACAAGAGUAAAGAGAAGACUCUUCAAUAAUUAAGCAUUUCCUACAGUCACUAAUAUAAGUGGGUUUUAAAUACAAAAUUGUUCUUUUCUUGUGUUUUUUAAACAUAGGCUAAUCACACUAGUAUUAAUACUACCCAUAGAAGACUUGACAUGUAGCUUAUUGUGAAAGAAUCGUUUGCCUUCUCAUAUAUGCCCCCAAUUCCUAUCCUAAAUAAAAAGAAUGGACUUGGAUGCAAGAUCUCCCUAGCUCUGUCACAGCCAUGUGCUUUUCUUUGUGGCUACUUGUCCAGGAUAAUCAUUUUAUAGAAAAGGACCAGUUGUCAUUUAGCUUCUUUCCCUUAAUGACCCCUUGAAGUACUUAACAUACACUUCAACUGCAGAGUAGGUUGCUCUGUUUCUAGUAGUUAUAAAGUCCUUGAUGUGUCUUGAAAUGUUUCCUAGAAUGUCAUGUCUGCUUGCCAAAUGAAGUAAUCUUAAAAUACUUAACUGUAAUCUGAAUAUAAAGCUUAAUAAAAACAACCUUGCAUGAUU